UAUUCCGCAUAAUUGUAAACAUGACAGACGACGUGCUUAACCUUGAAGUUUGGAAAGGAAACUGGGAUUUACCAUCAGUUGACAAUGAGUGUCUUACAGUUUGGGCAUAUUGUAAAUUUUCUGGUCUUCCAACUAAAGUACAGAAAAGUCAUCAGACAAAUUUAUUUCAGUCAUCACUAGCAAAACACAACCUACCAGUGCUACAACAUGGAUCUACAACAGAAUCUCAAUUAGGCAAUAUUUUAUCCUACUUAAAGAAUCAGGGUCUUGGAGUGGACCAGAAUUUUAGUAGUAAAGAAUUAGCUGACAUAUCUGCAUUUACUGCACUGAUAGAAGAAAAAUUGCUUCCUGCCUAUUUACAUCAUUGGUGGGUGGACACAGACACAUAUGUAGAAAUAACCAGACCAUUUUAUGCAAAAGCUUCUCCAUUCCCUUUAAAUUAUUUUGUUCCUGGAAGAAUACAGAGAGCUGCAAAGCAACAUAUAUAUGAACCCAGAAGAAACGAUGUCAUCAGUGAUGAAGAAGUGGAAUUAUUGGUAUAUAAAGAAGCCAAGGAAUGUUUAAAUCAUUUAUCUUACAGACUAGGUGAAAAUGAUUUUUUCUUUGGGGACCAACCAUCUUCAUUAGAUGCUUUGGUAUUUGGUUAUGUAGCACCAUUAUUGAAGGCACCAUUACCAAACAGUUCGUUAGCUAACCAUGUCAAAGGAUGUCUUAAUUUAAGUGGACUAUGUAAUCGUAUCUUAAAUAAAUACUUACCAAUGUCUCCAGAAGAUUUAGAAGAAAAAAGAAAAAGAGAAUUGGAAGAAAUGGAAAAGAAACAAGUAGAUUCGUUAGAAUUCCCUAACAAAAGAAGGAAUAUGAUUCUUGCCGCUCUGUUUGCUUUGUCUUCAAUGAUAGGCUAUGCUUUUAUUAGUGGCCUUGUUGGUGUUGUGAUAGUAGAUGAAGGGGAUUAUGAUGGAUUUUCAGGGGUAUUCGGUGAUGACGAAGGAGGGGGAGAUGAUGAUUGAGGAACUGCUGGUCCUAGUUCUUUUAGCAUAUAUAUCAAAUUAGUCCAUUGUUAUGUAAUUCUCAUUCCGAACCAGGAAGCCAUACAUUAAAUUUUUAUAAAAAGAA